GCAGGGCGGGAGUGAGCGAGGCCGGCGGGUGGGCGGGCGGGCGUCGCUGACUCGGGCCCCUGGCCGCCAGAAGCAGUAAUAGCCAUGUUGCAAAUAUAACAACUUAAAAGCUUCUACUGAACUGAAAGUAUUUCUGCACCACUUACUGAGCUUUAGUUCUUAAAAAAGUUUCCUGUUCAUAAAACCUAGGAUUAACACUAAAGCCCCACAAUGUCCUUGAAACCACGAGUAGUUGACUUUGAUGAAACAUGGAACAAACUUUUAACAACAAUUAAAGCUGUUGUUAUGUUGGAUUAUGUUGAGAGAGCAACAUGGAAUGAUCGCUUCUCAGACAUUUAUGCUUUGUGUGUGGCCUAUCCUGAACCUCUUGGAGAGAGACUUUAUACUGAGACUAAAAUUUUUUUGGAAAAUCAUGUACGCCACUUGCACAAGGUAACCCAUACAGUUACUGAUGUACAUAGAGUUUUGGAAGCUGAAGAACAAGUACUGGUUAUGUAUCACAGAUACUGGGAAGAGUAUAGCAAAGGGGCAGACUAUAUGGACUGUUUAUACAGGUACCUCAACACACAGUUUAUUAAGAAGAACAAAUUGACUGAAGCUGAUCUUCAGUAUGGGUAUGGAGGGGUGGAUAUGAAUGAACCAUUGAUGGAAAUAGGAGAGCUAGCUCUUGAUAUGUGGAGAAAAUUAAUGAUUGAGCCACUGCAGGCCAUCCUUAUUCGGAUGCUCCUCCGAGAAAUAAAAAACCCAAGCACUCCUCCUACAAGGCAAGCUGAAUAUCAACUUACGCAUUUUUGUUUCAACACAACAGGAAGCCGUCAAGAUCUCAAAUUUGAUCGCUGUGGAGAAGACCCAAACCAGAAAGUAAUCCAUGGGGUUAUUAACUCCUUUGUUCAUGUUGAACAGUAUAAGAAAAAAUUCCCCCUAAAGUUUUAUCAGGAAAUUUUUGAGUGUCCUUUUCUGAAUGAAACAGGGGAGUAUUAUAAACAAGAAGCUUCAAAUUUAUUGCAAGAGUCAAAUUGCUCACAAUACAUGGAGAAGGUUUUAGGUAGAUUAAAAGAUGAAGAAAUGCGGUGUCGGAAAUACUUGCAUCCCAGCUCAUAUGGCAAAGUGAUUCAUGAAUGCCAGCAGAGGAUGGUAGCUGAUCACUUGCAGUUUCUACAUGCAGAAUGUCACAAUAUUAUCAGACAAGAGAAAAGAAGCGACAUGGCAAAUAUGUAUACUCUACUUCGUGCUGUGUCAAGUGGUUUACCUCAUAUGAUUCAGGAACUACAAAACCAUAUCCAUGAUGAGGGCCUUAGAGCAACCAGCAAUCUUUCUCAGGAAAAUAUGCCAACUCAGUUUGUGGAGUCAGUUUUGGAAGUACAUAGUAAAUUUGUUCAACUCAUCAACACUGUUUUGAAUGGUGAUCAACACUUUAUGAGUGCCCUUGACAAGGCUUUGACAUCAGUAGUUAACUAUAGGGAGCCCAAGUCGAUCUGCAAAGCACCUGAGUUGCUGGCCAAGUACUGUGACAACUUGUUGAAGAAAUCAGCAAAAGGAAUGACAGAGAAUGAAGUAGAAGACAAACUUACGAGUUUCAUUACUGUUUUCAAAUACAUUGAUGACAAAGAUGUAUUCCAAAAGUUCUAUGCCAGAAUGUUGGCAAAAAGAUUAAUUCAUGGUCUGUCUAUGUCUAUGGAUUCUGAAGAAGCCAUGAUUAAUAAACUAAAGCAAGCCUGUGGUUAUGAAUUUACCAGCAAGCUCCAUCGAAUGUAUACAGACAUGAGUGUUAGUGCUGAUCUCAACAAUAAAUUCAACAACUUUAUCAAAAACCAGGAUACAAUUAUAGAUUUGGGAAUUAGUUUUCAGAUAUACGUUCUACAGGCUGGUGCAUGGCCUCUAACUCAGGCUCCUUCUUCUACGUUUGCAAUUCCUCAGGAACUGGAAAAAAGUGUACAGAUGUUUGAAUUAUUUUACAGUCAGCAUUUUAGUGGAAGGAAGCUUACUUGGUUACAUUAUCUUUGUACAGGUGAAGUAAAAAUGAAUUAUUUGUGCAAACCUUAUGUAGCCAUGGUCACAACAUACCAAAUGGCAGUGUUGCUUGCCUUCAACAACAGUGAAACUGUCAGUUACAAGGAGCUUCAGGAUAGUACGCAAAUGAAUGAGAAGGAACUGACAAAGACCAUCAAAUCCUUACUUGAUGUCAAAAUGAUCAACCAUGACUCAGACAAGGAAGAUAUAGAGACAGAGUCUACAUUUUCAUUAAAUAUGAACUUCAGCAGUAAACGAACAAAAUUUAAAAUUACAACAUCAAUGCAGAAAGACACACCACAGGAGAUGGAGCAGACCAGAAGUGCUGUAGAUGAAGACAGAAAAAUGUAUCUUCAAGCUGCUAUAGUCCGUAUCAUGAAAGCACGUAAAGUGUUGCGACACAAUGCUCUUAUUCAAGAGGUAAUUAGCCAAUCAAGAGCUAGGUUUAACCCAAGUAUCAGCAUGAUUAAGAAGUGUAUUGAAGUUCUGAUAGACAAACAGUACAUAGAGCGAAGCCAGGCCUCUGCAGACGAAUACAGUUACGUAGCGUGAUGUUGCUGUCCUGCAGGUAUGAUUGUAAGGAGAUCAUUGCUGUCACUGUUUGGUGUGUUCCUGUGGGAAGAGGCAGGCCUGUGCCUCCAUAAUUGGUCACUUGGCAGCCCCUGUUUUUCUGCUGUUUACAACAUCACCAGUGCCAUGUCAUGAGCGUCAAUGAAAAUGCCUAUAGAUAUUUCAAGCUCAUGUCAUUAUGACAUUUCUUAAAACUUUACUAAAAGAAUGAGUGAAGUAUUGCUGAAAUGUGGAAAAUUGGUUGGGUACCAUGCUUUUUUUUUUUUCCCCUCCCCUUUCACGUUUGCAGUUGAUGUUUUUUAAUGUAUCUUAAGACAAAGUAAAAAAAAAAAAAACAACACAAAAACCUAAAUAUUGUAAUAUGACAGAUAACCUAAUAAUUGUAUCUACAUUAAAAUGUAAAAAAAAUUACGAACAUGAUACUGCUGCUUGUCAAAUAAAAAAAUAAAGUUAUAUAAUGUGUCUCGAAUGAUUGUAGAAAUGGAUAUAUAGCACUAAUGCCUGUAAAUAUUAUUCAGACCUGGAAGAAUAAAAAUAAUGUUACACGUUUGGGUUUUGGAUACCCUCCGAAGUAGAUCUGACCUAAGAAGUAAUUUAUAUAAAACUGAAUACCAGGUAUGUUAUGUUUGAUGUGAUUAUAAAAAUAUAUUUAUGGUUAAGUGCA